AACGGAGAGUCAGAAAUGGCUGCUUUCACUCUCACUCUCACUCUCACUCUCACUCGCUUAUCUUCGUCUUCCUUCAAUCGAAUUAGUCAACGAUUGAGCUCCAGAGUACAGACGAACAGCCACCGUCUCCACCAAAUGGCUACUUCUUCCUCCCCCGAAGUCAAGCAAUCGGAGAAAAUCGUAGCUCCUUACGGGUCCUGGAAAUCCCCAAUCUCCGCCGAUGUCGUCUCUGGCGCCUCCAAGAGACUCGGCGGCACGGCCGUCGAUUCCCUCGGCCGCCUCAUCUGGCUCGAGUCCCGCCCAUCUGAAUCAGGACGGGCGGUUCUGGUGAGGGAACCGGAGAGGCCGGAGGACGAACCGGUUGAUAUUACGCCGAAGGACUAUGCGGUUCGGACGGUGGCGCAGGAGUACGGCGGCGGUGCAUUCAGCGUUUCAGGGGAUACAAUCGUUUUCUGUAAUUACAAGGAUCAGCGUCUUUACAAGCAGUCCCUAAGUUCGAAAGAUUCUGCUCCUACACCACUCACUCCGGAUUAUGGCGGGCCGGUAAUUAGUUAUGCUGAUGGCGUGUUUGAUGCACGUUUUAAUCGUUUUGUCACUGUACGGGAAGAUCGUCGUGAAAGCAGCAUUAAUUCGAUAACAACAAUUGUAACAGUAGGGCUUGAUGGCAAGGAAAUUCAGGAACCAGAAGUACUAGUUGGUGGGACGGAUUUCUAUGCCUUCCCGCGUUUUGAUCCGAAAGGUGAACGUCUGGCAUGGAUUGAAUGGUGCCAUCCUAAUAUGCCAUGGGAUAGGUCUCAACUUUGGGUUGGGUAUAUAUCCGAGAAGGGAGAAGUCUAUAAACGAAUUUGUGUUGCUGGCUCUGAUCCUUCCAUUAAGGAGUCCCCAAUUGAACCCAAGUGGUCCUCUAAAGGGGAACUAUUUUUUAUUACUGACAGAAAAGGUGGGUACUGGAAUCUUUAUAAAUGGGUUGAGUCUAGUAAUGAGGUCGUAUCAGUUUAUUCCUUGGAUGCCGAGUUUUCCAAGCCAUUAUGGGUUUUUGGCAUGAAUUCUUAUGAAUUUAUCGAGAGCCAUGAAAGUAAAAACAUAAUUGCUUGCAGCUACAGGCAGAAGGGGAGGUCAUAUCUUGGAAUCCUGGAUGAUGCUCAGGGCUCACUGUCUCUACUUAAUACUCCUUUUACAGAUAUUGAUAAUAUUACCUUGGGGAUCAAUUGCCUGUACAUUGAAGGAGCAUCAGAAGUUCAACCUUUGGCUGUUGCUAAGGUGACUUUAGAUGAUCAUAGAACGAAAGCAGUUGACUCCAAGAUUAUUUGGUCUUCCUCACCUGAUUGCUUAAAAUAUCAGUCCUACUUCAGCCUACCCGAAUUAAUUGAGUUCCCAACAGAAGUUCCUGGUCAAACUGCCUUCGCAUACUUUUACCCACCAACAAAUCCCAAUUACCAAGCUCCUCAGGGUGAAAAGCCUCCACUGUUAUUGAAAAGCCACGGAGGGCCCACAGCCGAAUCACAUGGAAUCUUAAAUUUGAGUAUUCAGUAUUGGACUAGUCGUGGUUGGGCAUUUGUCGAUGUUAACUAUGGUGGAAGCACUGGUUAUGGCAGAGAAUAUCGGGAACGACUCUUGAACAAAUGGGGAAUUGUGGAUGUAAAUGAUUGUUGCAGCUGUGCUAGAUAUCUGGUGGAUUCCGGAAAGGUAGAUGGGGAACGACUUUGUAUUACUGGGGGAUCUGCAGGUGGCUAUACAACCCUAGCUGCUCUUGCUUUUAGAGAUACCUUCAAGGCAGGAUCUUCCUUGUAUGGUGUAGCCGACUUAAACAUGUUGAGGGCAGAAACUCACAAAUUUGAGUCUCAUUAUAUUGAUAAUCUUGUUGGUAGUGAAAAGGAUUAUCAUGAUAGGUCACCCAUCAACUUUGCUGAUAAGUUUUCUUGCCCGAUAAUCUUAUUCCAAGGGUUGGAAGACAAGGUUGUAGCCCCAGAUCAAGCUCGUAAAAUUUAUCAGGCUUUGAAGGAAAAGGGUCUGCCUGUUGCUCAUGUGGAGUAUGAAGGAGAACAACAUGGCUUCCGCAAGGCUGAGAACAUUAAGUUCACGCUUGAACAGCAAAUGGUUUUCUUUGCUCGUUUAGUUGGAAACUUCAAGGUUGCGGAUGAGAUUAAUCCUAUUAAAAUUGACAACUUCGACUAGAAUUCAACCCGAAAGUGGCGCCUCAAGGUGGAAUUUUUUGAGUCUUGUGUUUUCAUGCGAAGGAAUUGGUUUACAGGUUUGCUUUUUCUGAAGAGACUUCUGUGCCAUCUGAGGAGUGGAAAACAAUUAUCUAGUUUUACUAAGAACGUGGAUAAAUAACAACUUUGAGACGGAGCUUGAAAUACUGACGCAAAUGGGAAUGGCUACAUCUUCUUUGGUUUUCUUAAACCCUAUGUGAACUUUGUGUUGAUAUACUCAUGUAUCCUCGGUUGUAUAUCUUUGUGUGUUUAUUUUUCUCUCGAUAGACGUAUCUUGAAAGGACACACUUAUGUUCUUCGAUAUUUUAUACAUAGAAGUUUCUAUUCGCUAAAUUUUUGAUCCGGGA